AGACCCCGGUCGCCCACCCGUUAAGCUCAAGUUCAGGGGCCCUGCCGCUAGACCUCCCUUCCCCUCCCCCUGACUCUCAAUUCCUCCUCUUAUUGGCCAAAAGUUUCCGCCCCCUUGGGGAUGUUGACUUUUCAUUGGUCAGUUUCUGGUCACAUGAUUCUCUUCUCGGGCUGCAAACGAAGGGAAGCCAGCAACAGGUUAAGCUGAAGACCGAAGCAAGAGCUGGGUCAGGUGGCAGCCACAGCAGCCUCAGGGACCUCAGCAACUAUGGCCUCCUGCCCAGACUCUGAUAAUAGCUGGGUGCUUGCUGGCUCUGAGAGCCUACCUGUGGAGACGCUGGGCCCGGCAUCUAGGAUGGACCCAGAAUCUGAGAGAGCCCUGCAGGCCCCUCACAGCCCCUCCAAGGCAGAUGGGGAAGAAUUAGCUGGGACCAUGGAUGGAGAAGGGACACUCUUCCAGACUGAAAGCCCUCAGUCUGGCAGCAUUCUAACAGAGGAGGCUGAGGUCAAGGGCACCCUGGAAGAUGAUGUUUGUGGUGUGGAGUCUCCUGGUCCCGGAGACACAGUAGUCCAGGGAGACCUGCAGGAGACCACCGUGGUGACAGACCUGGGACCAGACACACAGGACCUGGAAGGCCAGAGCCCUCCACAGAACCUGCCUUCAACCCCCAAAGCAGCUUGGAUCAGAGAGGAGGGCCGCUGCUCCAGCAGCGAGGAUGACACCGACGUGGACGUGGAGGGGCUGCGGAGACGGCGGGGCCGGGAAGCCGGCCCACCUCAGCCCGUGGCGCCCCUGGCUGUGGAGAACCAGGCUGGGGGUGAGGGUGCAGGCGGGGAGCUGGGCAUCUCCCUCAACAUGUGCCUCCUCGGGGCCCUGGUUCUGCUGGGCCUGGGGGUCCUCCUCUUCUCGGGUGGCCUCUCAGAAUCUGAGACUGGGCCCAUGGAGGAAGUGGAGCUGCAGGUCCUCCCGGACACUGGGUCGGAUCCCGAGCUGCUGGAUGCUGUGGGGGACAGGCAGGAUGGGCUAAGGGAACAGCUGCAGUCCUCAGUGCCUCCUGACCAUGUCCCCAGCCUGCAGAACAUGGGUCUUCUGCUGGACAAGCUGGCCAAGGAGAACCAGGACAUCCGGCUACUGCAGGCCCAGCUGCAGGCCCAGAAGGAAGAGCUUCAGAGCCUGAUGCACCAGCCCAAAGGGCUAGAGGAGGAGAAUGCCCAGCUCCGGGGCGCUCUGCAGCAGGGCGAAGCCUUCCAGCGGGCUCUGGAGUCAGAGCUGCAGCAGCUGCGGGCCCGGCUCCAGGGGCUGGAGGCCGACUGUGUCCGGGGCACGGAUGGAGUGUGCCUCAGUGGGGGUAGAGGCCCACAGGGUGACAAGGCCAUCAAGGAGCAAGGCCCCAGGGAGCAGGAGCCAGAACUCAGCUUCCUGAAGCAGAAGGAACAGCUGGAGGCUGAGGCACAGGCAUUAAGGCAAGAGUUGGAGAGGCAGCGACAGCUGCUGGGGUCUGUACAGCAGGAUCUGGAGAGGGGCUUGAAGGAUGCUGGCCAUGGGGACCCAGCUCACGCUGGCUUGGCUGAGCUGGGCCACAGAUUGGCCCAGAAACUGCAGAGCCUGGAGAACUGGGGCCAGGACCCUGGGGUCUCUGCCAAUGCCUCAGAGGCCUGGCACCAGAAGUCCCACUUCCAGAAUUCCAGGGAGUGGAGUGGAAAGGAAAAGUGGUGGGAUGGGCAGAGGGACCGGAAGGCUGAGCACUGGAACCGUAAGAAGGAAGAAUCUGGCCGGGGACGGAAGAAGAAUAGGGGAGGUCAGGAGGACAGGGAGCCGGUAGGAAGGUGGAAGGAGGGCAGGCCAAGGGUGGAGGAGUGGGGGAGCAAGAAGGAGGGCAAGCGACAGGGCCUGAAGGAACCCCCAAGGAAAAGUGGUAGCUUCCACUCCUCUGGAGAAAAGCAGAAGCAACCUCGGUGGAGGGAAGGGGCUAAGGACAGCCAUGACCCCCUGCCAUCCUGGGCAGAGCUGUUGAGGCCCAAGUACCGAGCACCCCAGGGCUGCUCAGGUGUGGAUGAGUGUGCCCGGCAGGAGGGCCUGACUUUCUUUGGCACAGAGCUAGCCCCAGUGCGGCAACAGGAGCUGGCCUCUCUACUAAGAACAUACCUGGCACGGCUGCCCUGGGCUGGGCAGCUGACCAAGGAGCUACCCCUCUCGCCUGCUUUCUUUGGUGAGGACGGCAUCUUCCGUCAUGACCGCCUCCGCUUCCGGGAUUUUGUGGAUGCCCUGGAGGACAGCUUGGAGGAGGUGGCUGUGCAACAGACAGGUGAUGAUGAUGAAGUAGAUGACUUUGAGGACUUCAUCUUCAGCCACUUCUUUGGAGACAAAGCACUGAAGAAGAGGUCAGGGAAGAAGGACAAGCACUCACAGAGCCCAAGAGCUGCGGGGCCCACGGAGGGACACAGCCAUAGCCGCCACCACCACCACCACCGGGGCUGACACCCUGCCCCACGGUGAAUGGCCUUGGCCUGGCCCAGCCCAAGAUCCCAGCGUUAUCUGGGUAGACUCUGUCCUGGCUUAUUCGGAUAUCUUUCACACAGUAGAGCAAAAUCACCAGCCCUGCACUGAUGUCACUUUAUCUAGAAGAAGGCCUUAGCUGGACCUGUUUCCGUCUAUGCAAAUGUAUGCAGAUACUCCAGGCCCUGGGAUGUGGGCUUGUGUUUUGUCACUGUGAAGGGGGAGAUGGGAGAGGAGCCUGUUUUGGGGUGGGGUGUGGGGAAGGCAAUCUGAUUCUGAAGCUAAACAGCUUUCAUCCUCUUGCGUGUAUGUCCCCAGAGUGGGCCCCUUUGACCCACAUGCUGACCGGUGCCUUGGGAUUUGACUACGGUUGCUGGCUCGAGGCCCAGCACGAGGACUUUCCCUGGGGUUUUGCUGGGUUUGGAAGCAGCUGUCCCCAGGGGGUGAAGUCCACCCUUUUUUUAACCCUUGCUUCUAUCAUGGCCUCACCUCCCUAUGUGAACUGUAGACUCAGAUCCCAAUAAAGUGCUGUUGCAGCUAUGAUGCUGGGUGGUUUCUAAGCACGGGGGACACCCCACACCCUCUGCCUGAAUGGAUGGGUCCCUCCCAGGCGCUGGUACUUCCCCCCUUGUCCUGUAUCCCCCUUUGCCCUUGCCUUGCCCUUCCAACAAACUCUAGGCCCUUGAGAAGCUGACGCUUCUCCUUUUGCUCACAGCUGCCUUGGCCGCACCCCUGGGAGAUGUAGCAAAUUGAGUGUGGGUUUUGGAGUCUGAGUCUCGGGCUCAAAUCCAGGCUAAGUGAUCUUGGGCAAGUUAAUCUCUGGGAACUUUGGGUUUCUUAUCCUCAAAAAAGGCAAUGGAAGGGCUGGGGAAGAGAUUAAAUAAAGCAAUGCAAGAAAAAUGC